GCGAUUUAUUAUAAUUUUAUGGCGAGAUCUUAUUUUAAUCCGUGUCCCUUCUAGCCACGACGAUUCUGUUACCCGUCGUUCCUCGGAGCGGAAGUGCAUCUGUGAAAGGUCACGCUUCCGGAAACAGUAGCACUUGUGUUCCGACGGCUAGCAGAAGAAGCUAACAGUGUUUUAUGAUUGUUCAGUCUGAUUGUUAACGUUGUUUACUAAGAGAGGUGUAAUGUGAUGGCUGGAGACUGUGAGACAUGAGAUGAUCCAGCAGCGGCUGCGUUUAUUCGCCUCAUUACAAACACAUCAGCUGCUCAACGACAACAACAACAACAACAGAGAGAACAACAGCGUCUGCAGCGCCACAACACGAAUGUCUUCUUUAUUAUCUUGUGGAUUAAAGUCACGGGAUCAGAAGAGAAAGCGUGUGAAUGGAUGAACGUCGUCUCUUAUAGAGGAUUCUUUCAUAUAAAUGCAUGAAUGACCGCAGGCCGCGCUAGACAGCGGUGUGUUGUGAGUGCUGUGUGGCUCUGUCAGUGAUGCUCGCGCGUGAAUGCUCGUGACAUGUCGCUCUUCAGAGAGUUCGUGGCUCCGCCGGAGUGUCCGGUGUUCGAGCCCAGCUGGCAGGACUUCAGCGACCCGUUCGGAUUCAUCCACAAGAUCAGAGACAUCGCUGAGAAAAGCGGCAUCUGCAAGAUCAGACCACCACAGGGCUGGCAGCCUCCCUUCGCCUGUGACUUUCGCAGUUUUCGCUUCACUCCAAGAAUCCAGCGACUCAAUGAACUAGAGGCUCUCACCAGAGUCAAGCUCAACUUUCUGGAUCAAAUCGCCAAGUUUUGGGAGCUCCAGGGUUGUAGACUGCGGUUUCCUCAAGUGGAGAGAAAAGUGCUGGAUCUCUAUCUGCUGAGUAAGCUGGUGUCUGCAGAAGGAGGCUUCCAGGUGGUGUGUAAAGAGAAGAAAUGGUCAAAGAUCAGCAGUCGUAUGGGGUUCCCGUCGGGGAAGGGUGUGGGGUCUCUGCUGCGCACUCAUUUCCAGAGGAUUCUGUAUCCGUAUGAGCUCUUCCGUACCGGAGCUACACUACCCGGCGUUCACAAGAUUUACCAAGAAAACCCUGAGGCUGAAGACACAGAUGAAGGGAUCGGAGGUGGAGAUGACGAGGAAGAUGAGGAGAGAGGGGCAGAGGGGCGGUCUCCUCAACAUCUGAAGGAUGAAAGAGAAAACGAGGAGCCUAAAGCUGUGCAGAUGUUCAACACUGCUGACGUCAUCACACCUGAUGAUGACAGCUUCAUCAGAAAGCAGAAGUACCUGAAGGCUCAAGCGUUUGCCCUGAAGAUGCGUCCACGUAAAGAGAUGCUGCAGGUGAAUUACAUCGACCUGUACAUGUGUAUGGCGUGUGGGCGGGGCGACGAGGAGGAGCGCCUCCUGCUGUGUGACGGAUGCGAUGACAGCUAUCACACCUUCUGUCUGAUCCCGCCCCUGCAGGACGUCCCUAAAGGAGACUGGCGCUGUCCCAAGUGCGUGGCAGAGGAGUGUAACAAACCCCGCGAGGCGUUCGGCUUCGAGCAGGCCGUGCGUGAGUACACGCUCCAGAGCUUUGGCGAGAUGGCCGAUCACUUCAAGUCGGAUUACUUCAACAUGCCGGUGCACAUGGUGCCCACUGAGCUGGUGGAGAAAGAGUUCUGGCGUCUGGUGAGCAGCAUCGAGGAGGACGUCAUCGUGGAGUACGGCGCAGACAUCAGCUCCAAAGAUGUCGGCAGUGGAUUCCCGGUGAGAGACGGAAAGAGGAAACUGAUCGGAGACGAGGAUGUGAGACACCAGUGUUGUUUUAUUUCAUCUGUGUGGUUCUUCAACUGGGCUGUAGUAGUGUUGAUGUGUCGUGUCGUGUCGUGUCGUCAGGAGUACGCCAACUCGGGCUGGAAUCUGAACAACAUGCCGGUGCUGGAGCAGUCGGUGUUGACACACAUCAACAGUGACAUCUCCGGCAUGAAGGUGCCGUGGCUGUACGUGGGCAUGUGCUUCUCCUCCUUCUGCUGGCACAUCGAGGAUCACUGGAGUUACUCCAUCAACUUCUUGCACUGGGGGGAACCCAAGACCUGGUACGGAGUUCCAGCCCACGCGGCCGAGCAGCUGGAGUCGGUCAUGAAGAAAGAAGCUCCAGAGCUGUUCGACUCGCAGCCCGACCUCCUGCAUCAACUCGUCACGCUGAUGAAUCCAAACGUCCUCAUGGAGCACGGUGUCCCGGUGUAUCGGACCAAUCAGUGUGCAGGAGAGUUUGUUGUUACCUUCCCAAGAGCCUAUCACAGCGGCUUCAAUCAGGGCUACAACUUUGCAGAGGCUGUAAACUUCUGCACAGCAGACUGGCUGCCCCUCGGGAGACAGUGCGUGGCUCAUUACAGACGUCUGCAGCGCUACUGCGUCUUCUCGCACGAGGAGCUGGUGUGUAAGAUGGCCGCCGACCCCGAGAGUCUGGACGUGGAACUAGCUGCUGCUGUGGUGCGAGAGCUCGGCGAGAUGAUGGAGGAGGAGAGCAGACUGAGAAGAGGCGUUCAGGAGCAGGGGGUGCUCUCCUCGGACCGGGAGGUGUUCGAACUGCUACCCGACGACGAGCGUCAGUGCUGGAGGUGUAAGACCACCUGUUUCCUCUCGGCCCUCACCUGCACCUGUAGUCCAGAGCGUCUGGUGUGUCUGCACCACGCCUCAGAUCUCUGCAGCUGCCCGGCGAGCGACAAGUGUCUGAGAUACAGGUACGAUCAGGAUGAGUUUCCCACAAUGCUUUACAGGGUAAAGUCCCGUGCACAGUCUUACGACACCUGGGCAAAGAGAGUCACAGAGGCGCUGGCAGGACAUAACAAGAGCAAGAAAGAUCUGAUCGAGCUGAAAGUUCUGCUGGAGGACGCCGAGGACAGAAAGUACCCAGAGAACAACCUCUUCCGUCAUCUCCGAGACACCGUGAAGGAGGCCGAGACGUGCUCGUCUGUGGCUCAGCUACUGCUCAGUCACAAACACAAACACAAACGAGAACGUCCAGAGAGCGGCGCACAGAAGACACGGAAUAAACUGAGCGUGGACGAGUUGAAAGUGUUUGUCGAGCAGCUGUACCGUCUGCCCUGUAUCAUCAGUCAGGCCAAUCAAGUCAAAGAGUUGCUGGAGAACGUGGAGGACUUUCACGAGCGUGCUCAGGCGGCUCUCUCGGAUGACACUCCAGACUCCAGUAAGCUGCAGGCUCUCCUUGAUCUGGGCUCGGGGCUGGAUGUGGAGCUGCCCGAGCUGCCGCGUCUCAAACAGGAGCUGCAGCAGGCGCGCUGGCUGGACGAGGUGCGUCUGACACUGAUGGAGCCGCAGCGGCUCACCCUGGAGCUCAUGAAGCGUCUCAUCGACUCGGGCGUGGGUCUUGCGCCGCAUCACGCCGUGGAGAAGGCCAUGGCUGAGCUGCAGGAGCUGCUCACCGUGUCAGAGCAUUGGGAGGAGAAGGCUCGGACGUGCCUGCAGGCCAGGCCUCGACACAGUUUACUGACGCUGGAGAGUAUUGUGAUGGAGGCGAAGAAUAUUCCGGCAUAUCUGCCCAAUGUGCUUACCCUCAGAGACGCUCUGCACAGAGCCAAAGAGUGGACGGCCAAAGUGGAGGCCAUUCAGAGCGGCAGUAACUACGCCUACCUGGAGCAGUUGGAGGGGCUGUUAGCAAGAGGUCGAUCCAUCCCUGUCAGAUUGGAAGCUUUGCCACAGGUGGAGUCACAGGUGGCGUCUGCAAGAGCCUGGAGAGAAAGGACUGCUCGCACCUUCCUCAAGAAGAACUCCACCUACACCUUACUGCAGGUGCUUAGUCCACGGGUCGACAUCGGCGUGUAUGGCACGAGUAAGAGCAAGCGCAAGCGUGCCAAAGAACUGAUGGAGAAAGACCGUGGUCUGGAUCUGGAAACUCUGAGCGACCUCGAGGACAGCUUAGAGGAGACCCGCAACCCCAGCGUCGUCGUGGCCGCCUUCAAAGCCAGAGAACAACAAGAAGGAGAUGCCAUCCAUUCGCUCCGCGCUGCCAACCUGGCCAAAAUGGCAAUAGUGGAGCGCAUAGAAGAGGUGAAGUUCUGUCUAUGUCGUAAAACGGCCAGCGGGUUCAUGCUGCAGUGCGAGCUGUGCAAAGACUGGUUCCACGGCACCUGCGUCCCCCUUCCCAAAGCCGGACCUCAGAAGAAAAUGGUGGCCGGCUGGCAGGGCUCCAGCAAGGAGUCAAAGUUUCUUUGCCCGCUGUGUCAGCGUUCCAGACGCCCGAGGCUGGAAACCAUCCUGUCACUGCUGGUGUCGCUGCAGAAGCUCCCGGUAAGGCUGCCAGAGGGCGAGGCGCUGCAGUGUCUCACAGAGAGAGCCAUGGGCUGGCAGGACCGUGCUCGGCAAGCCCUCGCCACCGACGAACUCUCUUCGGCCCUGGCCAAGCUGUCUGUGCUCAGCCAGCGCAUGGUGGAGCUCGCUGCUCGAGAAAAAACAGAAAAGAUCAUCAAUGCGGAGCUGCAGAAGGCCGCCAACAACCCGGACCUGCAGGCAAGAGCUUUAGUGUACUCAAAGUCACGACAGAUUCAAAGUGAAGCGUUUAUGGGACACAUCCAGACGUUUCAGCAGGCCGGAUUCAGCAGGGCCACAUCACCUCGACCCUCUGUAGAUUAUGAUGAUGAAGAGACCGACUCGGACGAGGACAUCAGAGAGACCUACGGAUACGACGACAAGGAUUCAGGAGAAGUGAAGCCGUAUUUGUUCUGCGAUGAGGAAAUCCCCGUGAAGUCAGAGGAGGUGGUCAGUCACAUGUGGCCGACGACGCCGUCUUUCUGCGCAGAGCACGCGUACUCCUCUGCCUCCAAGUCCUGCCCUCAGAAUCAGCCCGUCCCACGCAAGCAGCCCAGAAAAACACCCCUGGUGCCGCGGAGUCUGGAGCCGCCGGUUCUUGAGCUGUCGAUGGCCGCUAAAGCUCAGCUGGAGGACCUGAUGAUGGAGGGCGACCUGCUGGAGGUGUCACUGGACGAGACGCAGCACAUCUGGAGGAUCCUGCAGGCGACGCACCCCCCUUCGGAAGACAAGUUCCUGCAGGUCAUGGAGCCCGACGACGCUCCUCUGGACAAACCUGUCAAGCUGAAGGUGAAGGACAUGGAGAAGAAGAGGAAGAGGAAGCUGGAAAGAGCGGAACAGCAGCUGCUUCUGGUCGCCAGUGGCAUGGAGGGCCGAACAAAGUCUAAAGACAUGAAACGGGUUCUGGAGCUCAAGCCCAAGAAGAAGAGACUGAAGCUGAUCCCGGACUCUAAGUCUCGGGAGCUGAAGCAGCUGGCCAAGCGGCUCGCCAAAGAGGAGAAAGAACGGAAGAGGAAAGAGAAAGCCGCUGUCAAGGCCGACUUCUCGAAAGAGGGGCUCGAGAGGAAAGCCAGAAAGAUCCUUGACAUCCCGUCGAAAUACGACUGGUCCGGAGCCGAGGACUCCAAUGAUGAGAAUGCCGUUUGUGCCUCCAAGAACUGCCAGCGGCCGUGCAAGGAUAAGGUGGACUGGGUCCAGUGUGAUGGGGGCUGCGAUGAAUGGUUUCAUCAGGUGUGUGUUGGCGUGUCCUGCGAGAUGGCCGAGAACGAAGACUACAUCUGCAUGGCCUGUUCUCGUAAAGCCGUCGUUGCAGAGACGGUAGUGAUGUCAUCGUCAGUCUGCGACGCUCCUUCUGUCUCGACCCAAGCCCUCGACCCCCAAGAGAGCAGUUAACACACAGAAACAAACCCCAUCGCAACUCACUAAUAACUGCAGCUCGGGGGAUCCACAUGACAUCACACAGCCAAUGAACUUCCUGUCUGAAGUCCCGCCUCCGUUUUCAUGUGUGAUGGGGAUUAAAUGCUUGUUUGUGAUAUGUAAAUGGAUUUUAUGCUAUUCAUGAUGGGAAGUUGGAUGUGGUCAUUUUUGGAUAUUAAGGUCGUCAUGAUGAUUUGGGGAAAUGAUCAUAAAUAAAUCUUACUAGUCUUAAAACCAGCA